UAUUUAUUGCAUCAAGAAACACAAAGCUCGAUGUUUUUGUAGCGUCGUUUUAAUGAAUUUGCCGUGAAAAACCGUAAUAUUGCUUAAACAAUAUUACCAGAAUGAGUUUUUCAAGCGACGAAGUUAAUUUUCUCGUUUAUCGAUACCUACAAGAAUCCGGUUUCCAGCAUUCUGCUUACACUUUUGGGAUAGAAUCGCAUAUUUCUCGUUCCAAUAUCAAUGGAGCCCUCGUCCCACCUGCGGCCCUUCUCAGUAUUCUUCAAAAAGGCUUACAAUACACUGAAGCUGAAAUCAGUAUAGGAGAAGAUGGACUGGAACAAAGAUUAGUCGAAAGCUUAAGUUUAAUCGACGCUGUUAUGCCUGAUGUGGUGGCGAGUCGGCAAAACCAACAAAAUGCGCAAAAACAACCCAUAAAGGCUGAAAUUACCGAUACGAAUGGAGAAGAAGCUGUGGUGUCAACACAGAAUGAGAAUAUGGAGGUGGAUACUUCAAUUGAGAUACCCAUGUCAAAAGCCACGGUGUUGAGGGGCCAUGAAUCUGAAGUUUUUAUUUGUGCAUGGAAUCCAACCACCGAUUUGUUGGCUAGUGGGUCAGGGGAUAGUACAGCAAGAAUUUGGGAUAUGUCAGAUAACACUACUAGCCCAAAUCAGUUGGUAUUGAGGCACUGUAUUCAGAAAGGUGGAACUGAAGUACCCAGUAAUAAGGAUGUAACUUCUUUAGACUGGAAUUGUGAUGGAAGCCUAUUGGCAACUGGUAGCUACGACGGAUAUGCAAGAAUCUGGACAACAGACGGUCGUCUAGCGAGCACUUUAGGCCAACAUAAAGGACCUAUUUUCGCCCUUAAAUGGAAUAAACGAGGCAACUACAUCCUCUCAGCUGGCGUCGACAAAACAACAAUAAUUUGGGACGCAGCAAGUGGACAAUGCACCCAACAAUUCAGUUUCCAUUCGGCUCCGGCCCUGGACGUCGACUGGCAAACCAACACAUCUUUCGCCAGCUGCUCAACCGAUCAGUGCAUCCAUGUAUGCAAACUCUCACUGGAUAAACCAAUCAAGUCGUUCCAAGGCCACACGAACGAAGUUAACGCAAUCAAGUGGGACCCUCAAGGCAACUUCCUCGCUUCCUGUUCCGACGACAUGACCCUGAAAAUCUGGUCAAUGAAGCAAGAUAACUGCGUCCACGAUUUGCAAGCGCACUCGAAGGAAAUCUACACGAUUAAGUGGUCUCCGACGGGUCCCGGGACGCAGAAUCCGAACAUGAAUCUAAUAUUGGCUUCAGCUAGUUUUGAUUCUACUGUUAGGUUGUGGGAUGUGGAAAGGGGCACUUGUAUUCAUACUUUGACGAAGCACACGGAACCGGUUUACUCGGUUGCGUUUAGUCCGGAUGGUAAAUUUUUAGCGAGCGGCAGUUUUGAUAAGUGCGUGCAUAUUUGGUCGACGCAGUCCGGACAAUUGGUGCACAGUUAUAAGGGCACGGGCGGGAUUUUCGAGGUCUGUUGGAAUUCGCGGGGCGACAAAGUGGGUGCUAGCGCGUCGGAUGGUAGCGUGUUUGUUUUAGAUCUACGCAAAUUAUAACUGGAUUUUUUACUUUUAGUUUUAAGUACAUACUUGUAGAUAAUUUUAUAUUUUAACUAUGAAAAGAGGCCGAUAUUGCAGUUUAUUGUCAUUGUUCACAAUGACAUCAAUAAAAUUAUUAGCAUAUGA